CUCUCUUGCUUCCCUUUCUCUUGCCUCUCUUUUGCCCUCGCUUUGGCUCUCUCUUCCCUCUCUUCCUCGCUUUCCUCUCCCUCUCUCUCUCAUCCUGGCCCUCCCCCUGGCCCACUAUAUAAACCCUCUCUCGACCUUCUUCGCAGCCCUCCUCAUCAUCUUCCUCCCUUCUCUUGAUCAUCCUGUGAUCCUCCUCUUCACCUUCCCCACCUCCUCUCAACACCUCUCUUCACCUUGAUCUGCAGCCACUCUCUCGCCCUCGCAACGCCUCGCAUCCCCUGCCACCUCCACCCCCCACGGGCCUUCAACACCUCCACUCAACCAUCUACCCGAUCUCUCUUACUCCGAGAUUCACAAGCAUCCCUUUUCUCUCCAAUUCCUCUCCUAUCUCUCUUUCCACGCCUUCCCGCAUAUCUCGCUCUUCCCCUCGUUUCCUUGAAGCACUCACCCGUGAUCUUCAACGCUCGUCAACUACCGCAAGAAUGGAGUCCCCUCCGGACAAGGAGGCUCAGCCUCCUCAACCCGAGGGCGCAGCCAAGGGCGCAAGCGCCGAGCCUGUCCAGGAGGCAGAGAUUCUUGAUGUCAGCAUGAAAUUGGCUGACUCCAUUAGAGACAGGAGGCAACGCUCCGGGGCUAAAGGCGCGUUUGCGAUGGGCCGGUUAGGUCUCAGAAAUGAUCAGCUGACCCAAGCUGAACGUCCUGUGUCGGAUGUGGAUGCGCUGCCGACUGGACCGGCAGUUGUGCCCCUUCCUAGUGAGGAGGAUCAUUUGUUUGUUCCUGAUAAGGAAACCCAGCCGGUGGAUCUUUCGGCGACUGCGGAGACAGGCUUUGGGAACCUCACCUUUGACGAGUUCUUCAAAUCGCUUGAUGGCGCAAUAAAAGACGGGGAUGCAGAUGCCACUACCUCUCAAAUUCAAGGCGAAAGAGAGGAAAAUACAGAACCACACCUCAGUGGCACCGAUGCUCAAGAUUCCCCCAGUUCUUCAUCGGUUAGGAUCGUAGCGUCUUCUUCAUCUUCGUCAUCAGUUCACAAUGAGUCCUCUUCAUUGAAUCUUGAAAAUGACACAGAAGAACAGGGAUCCCAGGACGAGUGGCCCGAAGAAGAAAUCGAGGCCAUGGCUCAGGCCGAAUUAUCCAAGGCGAAGUUCGAGGACAUUGAGCGAUGGUUCGAAAGCCUUGAGAACCCGUCUAUCAAGGAUAUCGUUCUAUAUAAAGCAGCAAAACAGAUAGAGAAUGCCCGGUUGAGAAGAGUUUCCAUCCGAAAAGCACUCGGAGAUCAGGAUGAUACUGCCAUCUUAGAUCAAUUAGACAAAGACCCGGGACAACCCUCCACUUCUGGAAAGAUGCCGACCAAGGAUGAGGCUGGGCCAUCCAAUGGGCGUACACAGACGACACGUCGAACGAAAGCGAGACCCAACCGAGUUUCGGCUGACGAGAAGCAGAAAAGCAUGGACAUUGGUCUUCAAAUUGUUCUCAAAGAUGCGGCCAAGAAAGAGGACAAGAAAAGUGGCGUCAAACGCAAAAGAGGUGCUUCUGGCGGUGAUGGAUACCAAUGUCCCAGGAAGAAGUCGAAGAAGAAGGGAAUGAGUGAUAAGGAAUACUUGGCGCAUCUCCUCUGCCCGAGCGUUGUUGGAGAUGCCCAUGGCAGUGCCGCGUUGCGGGAGAUUCCUCAUUUGGUAAAGUUUGAUAAGGAAAAAGCGCUCACAGACAUAGUCGCGAGUAUUCCUGCCGCAGACAAGAAAGAAGCCCGGUCUGACAAGCGAAAGGUGCUCGAGGCAACCAGGAAAUUUUCCUAUGGGGUGAAAAGCGACGGGAAGCUUGGUUGGAAAAUCAAGGGGCUGAAAACGAGCUUAUACCACUUUCAGCUUAUAGGGGCAGCUUGGAUGCGUGACCGAGAAAAUGCAACUCACCCUCCACAUGGUGGCCUUUUCUGUGAUAUUAUGGGAUUUGGGAAGACAAUCCAAUCUCUUGCGAAUAUACUGGACGGGAAGCCUACUGAACCUGAGGAUCCGGUGAAGACCACUCUCAUCGUGGUGCCGUCGCAUUUGGUCACCCAUUGGAAGGACCAGAUCAUCAAACAUUGCGAGGAACAAGAACUAGGCGACGUACUCGUGUACAAGUCUAGUUCGAGACUGGAGACUCUUGAUCCAGUCAAAAGUCUGGAGAAGUACGAUAUUAUAAUAACUACGUAUGAGGAAGUGAGAAGGUCUUAUCCGCGUUGUGGAUUUCCAGCAGAGGUAUUUGAUAGGCAGAAGAUUAUCGACUGGUGGGAAACGAGAUUUGACGAAGAAGCCGGGCCUUUACAUCAGAUCAAAUUCUUGAGAAUUAUACUCGACGAAGGGCAUCUCAUAAAAAAUCACCUUUCAUCAGUGUCCAUCGCUGUCCGUGGUCUUACAGGCCGAUUUAAAUGGGUGCUGAGUGGCACCCCAAUACACAAUUAUUUGGAGGAAUUUUAUCCUCAUUUUCUUUUCCUCGGUGUACCUUGCCUAGGCGAUUUUGAUUAUUUUACCCAAACCUUCUGCAAAGAUGAGAAUGCACAUGGACGCCUGGUGAACUUGCUACGAUCUUUCCUCUUUCGUCGAACGCAUCAGAGUCGACUUUUUUCGCUUCCUGUUAUCAAGCUCCCUGAUGUCAAGGAACGCAUCGUGAGAGUGGACUUCUGUGAAGUAGAACAAGAGAUCUACAAUGCAAUCGAGGAGGUAUACAUUGAGAACAUCAAUCGUAAGGCACAUGUUGAACAGCCCAAACUUGAUCAAUACCGAUGUUUUCUCGCAAUGAUUCUGCACCUGCGCAUGUUUUGCAGCCAUUUGCUCACUACUCAGGUUAUUGUGAAAAGACUGUUAUCGGAUGGACAUCUGAUGACAGUACUAGUGAGGCUUGCGAAGAGGGCUGUAAACCAAGAGCAUCCCUCAUUCAAGAUUGUCAGAUGGCUUAUAUCAGUACGCAUGAACACCACGGUACUGACGAGUGAAGAUUCCAACAAAGCCCCGAGUCUUUACACGGAGGCUCUUCAUGGCGACAGGGCAAAAUUGACAGAAAGCUAUUACAAAUUCAUGUGUGAUCUUCAUGAAGACGGGCAAUGGGAUGAGCGGCUUGAAAGAGCCAGUUGCCCCAAAUGCAAUUUUGUCCCGGUGAAUGCUGUGAUCACAUCUUGCCAGCAUAUGUAUUGCGAGGAAUGCUAUUAUAGCCUACUGGAUGAUGACAUGACUUCUGCAGAUGGAAAGCCAAUCUGUGUCCAUUGUUCAAAUGUCAUCGAGGAAGCAGCUUACGAAGCUUUGAAAGAAAUCGAGCUUGACCCGCCAGAGAAGGAGGAACCACAACAGAAGAAGACGAAAAAGCAGCUGCAGCGGAAAAAGAAAGCAACAAAGAAGAUGCCGCGAGGUAAAUAUUAUCACGUUGCCAUGCCCGGACCAGCAGAUGAAGAGGACGACAAGCCGGAUGCCGAUGAGGAGACAGAUUGGAUCCCGGUUUGCGCUGAACACAUGCCUAGUGCUAAGUUGACAAAAACCUGCGAAAUCAUCAGCGAGUGGCUGGCAGGAGAUCCGUCAGUCAAGGUGGUCGUUUUUACGCAGUUCCUGGACUGUGUGCGGAUUCUGAGCAUCAUGUAUCAAGCGCAGGGGUGGGAAUGUAGAUGCUUGACAGGAAAAAUGCGCAUGGCGGCCCGUGAAGAGAGCAUGGAAGAAUUUCGCGCCAAGGAUGGCAACGUGAAGGUGCUGAUAGCGAGUCUCAGGGCCGGCGGCAUAGGGCUGGACUUGUCUGCGGCCAACAAAUGCAUUCUCGUCGACUUGUGGUGGAACGAAGCCAUUCAGGAACAGGCAUUCUGCCGUUUAUUCCGAAUCGGUCAGGAAAGCAAGGUCGAGUUCGUUAAGAUCCUGGUCAACAACACCAUCGACGAGAACUUGCAUGAGCUCCAAACGAAGAAGACCGCGGAAAUCACGGGCACCAUCGGCGAGGACGUUCUCAAGGGCCGAGAGACAAUCGAGAAUCUGCUCGAGAUGUUCGCAUACGUCGAGACGGACAACAGAGGCGCUUGGCAUCUGACCCCGAAGACCAGGGGCAGUGAGAACGGCAAGAAGGGAUUUGGAUAUCGCAGCACCUUCCCGGGUUUCUUUUGAGAUGUGUCUACAGAAAGGGAGAUUCGACUUUGGACUUUGCUUUUUGGUCUAGUUGGGAUCGGUAUCUACUGACCAACACCAUCAUCACUCGUUACUCUUGAAGAUUUUUCCCGGGAGAUUUCGUUUAGCACUUGGAUUUGGAUUUUGUGCUUACUGCCAACUUGCCAAUAUCAUUGAUGCAUAUUGACUUUUGAGAUUUUUGAAGAUUUUCAGCAAGUGCUGCUUGUAUCCCUCUCUCGGUGUCACACACAAACUUUGUCUUCGUCGUCUAUGGAAUGUCGAAGACAACACUGGAGUGAGUGACACGGGAUGGAAUAUUGGGAGGAUUCGCGAGGACCGGGAUGGCAAAUAAUCGCCAGCAUGCUUCAUCCGUUAUGGAAUUUACUGC